UGCGCCACACGUACGCAUCAAGAACUCUGGGACAUACGAUUGGUGGAGCAUGCAGAAAGAGAGGCCAUAAUGAGCAGCAGCAUGGACUCGUCGGAGCUGAGGAAGGUGUUCCAGAUGUUCGACAAGAACGGCGACGGGCAGAUCACCAAGAAGGAGCUGGGCGAGUCCCUCAAGAACCUCGGCAUCUACAUCCCCGACGACGAGCUCGACGCCACCAUGGACAAGAUCGACGCCAACGGCGACGGCUGCGUCGACGUCGAGGAGUUCGGCAUGCUCUACCGCUCCAUCCUCAGCGAGGGCCAGGGCGCAGACGGCGGCGGCGACAAGCACGACGAGGAGGAGGACAUGAGGGAGGCGUUCAAUGUCUUCGACCAGAACGGCGAUGGCUACAUCACCGUCGACGAGCUGCGGUGCGUGCUGUCCAGCCUCGGCCUCAAGCAGGGACGCACGGCCGAGGACUGCCGCAAGAUGAUCAGCAAGGUCGACGCCGAUGGCGACGGACGCGUCGACUUCAAGGAGUUCAAGCAGAUGAUGCGCGGCGGCGGAUUCGCCGCGCUAGGUAGAUGAUCAUCAGAGGACGCCUUCAUUGGGCCGAUGGCAUGGGGCGUUGUAGAUAUUUGAUUAACAGCUUGACAUGGUAAUGUGGAAAUCUGAUUGCACGUGUGAAAUAGUUCUUUCAGUUGGCUAAUUCAUCGAUGCUUCUGUAAACUUUUGGUUUUCAGUUGGAUUAUUUUUUUUUGUUAAACAGUGUUGGUUAUUUCUUUAAUUUGUAUGUAGAAACAAGCCCAUUGUAGAUUUGUAGUGUUAAGUGUGAAAUGUUUGUCUGACAAUUGGUUGAUAAGUUG